AUGCGAAGGGUUGCCAGGAUUGCCAAAAGCACGCAGGGAUCCAGCAUGUGCCAGCCAGUGAGUUGCAUUCCAUCAUCAAACCAUGGCCGUUCAGAGUGGGUGGAGGCCAUUCCAUUACAAAAUGUUACUCAAGAUACAGUGAUCGACUUUAUACAUAAUCACAUUGUAUAUCGUUUUGGUUUGCCUGAGUCACUCACAACAGAUCAAGGCACGGUGUUUGUAGGUCGAAAAGUAGCAGCUUUCGCAGAGUGUUGGGGCAUCAAACUCCUAACUUCGACCCCCUACUAUGCCCAAGCAAAUGGUCAGGUGGAAGCUGCCAACAAAACCUUGAUCGGUUUGAUCAAGAAGCAUGUGGGUCGAAAACCUAAAAGCUGGCAUGAAACCCUAGGCCAGAUUUUAUGGGCUUACCGAAAUUCGGCCACAGGGGCAACACCUUUUCCACUAGCACAUGGUCAGGAAGCAGUGUUACCAGCGGAAGUUUACUUGCAAUCUUGUAGGAUUCAAAGACAAGAAGAAAUCCCUAGUGAGGACUACUGGAAUAUGAUGCCCGAUGAAUUGGUAAAUCUCGACGAAGAUAGAAUAUUGGCUUUAGACAUUCUAACCAGACAAAAGAAUCGCAUCGCAAAGGCAUACAACAAAAAGGUUAGAAAUCGAUCCUUUAUCGUUGGUGAUUAUGUUUGGAAAGUUAUCUUACCAGUAGAUAAAAAUGAUAGAGCUUACGGCAAGUGGGCCCCAAAUUGGGAAGGUCCAUUUAAGGUCGAGAAGAUACUUUCUAACAAUGCUUAUUCGGUUAAAGAGUUAAAUGGUCAAAGUCGACGUGUGACAAUAAAUGGUAAAUACUUGAAAGCGUAUAAGCCAAUGUUGCACGAACCAGGGCAUUUGGCCGUCGAUUGUAGAGCACCCAAGGUGGAGCCAACUAUUAAUGCUGUGAAAGGAAAGCGUUCAGCUACAAGGGGGAGAGUUUACAUCAUGAACGGUGAAGGAGUUGAGGGGUUAGCUGGGGGUGAGCGCAAGAACGAUGGUAACCUUCUAAAUAUUCCUUUUGAUUUCUAG